AUCAUCAUCAUCAUCAUCAUCAUCAUCAUCAUAAUCAGUCACGUUCCUAGAUGUUACAUUGUCUCUCGUAAAAUAAAUAUAAAAAAAAUCAUACCCUCUACUACAUACAAUUAAAUUUGACAAAAGGUCAUAACCGUAGACUCCUACCAUGGAAGACCCUCCAGAAGACAUCAACUCGGCCCUGGAGUCAUUCAGAGAACAGUGGCGGGCUGAAGUACGAGCAAAACAAUCCCAGGCCAAACCUCGGAGUGAUGCUCCGCCGAGUCAAAAUAACAAGACUAGCCAGAACAAAUCAUCAUCGCAGCAACAACAACAAAAGACGGCAGCAGAUAGGAGGAAACCAACAACCAGUCCAACGCAGCUGAAAUCAAAGGUUCAGGUUCAAUCAACCCCCGCAGAAGCUUCCUCGUCGUCAUCUUCUUCCAGCAAGCCUAAAAAUGCCGCUGUAGAAGACACCCUCUCAUCUGCACCUGCACCAACUUCAUUGCCCACAGCAAUAGUCAAGCCUGAAAAGACUCGCUCCGCCGUAGAGCUCUACGAAGAUGCCGUUGAGCAGGAAACCCGCGGCAAUCUCGGAGAGAGCCUUAAGCUCUAUCGCACCGCCUUCCGGCUGGACCCCAAGGUCGAGCAGCAGUACAAGUCCAAGCACUUUGCCGCCGCUUGGGCUCCUCAGAAGAAGUCCUCCUCCGCCGGGUCGGGAAGCUCGGCUGCUGGCGAGAAGCAACAGCACCCCGAUCAUCCUGCCACCACCACCUCCUCCUCCACCUCCACCACAGUCGCUACUAAACCCCAGAGCAUAAAUGACUUGAUAAACAGCUUUGUCGGCCUGGCCAUAGAACCGGCUGGCCCUCCCAUGGAGGGCAUGCCACCACCCCCUUGCCCCAUCGCGGCACUCCCGGACGAGGUCCUGUUGCACAUCAUUCAGGAUGUCGCCGUAGACGACGUUGGUGACUUUGUGCGAUUGUCCCAGGUCUGUAAGAGACUGGCGUUCCUGGUAGCCACUGAAGGGCGCAUCUGGCGUCGCGUGUGUUUGGGGACCGAGUUCGGCUUCCUGGGCAUGCACCGCCGUUUCCAGACCAGUCUGACUUGGGACCCGGAGAAGUUUGUCCUGGACGAGCUUGAAAUGAUCAGGCUCGACGGCCAGUCAGAAACUACACCUCUCGAGCAGGAACAAGGGGAGCCUGCAAUAUCACGGGCUCUCUUGUCCUCCAAGUAUGGCGGCUCCUGGCAGACCAUGCUCCGUUCGAGACCGAGAAUCAGGUUCAACGGAUGCUACAUCAGUACCGUCAACUACAUCCGAGCCGGUCAGGCCUCGGCGAACCAAGUGACGUGGAACAGUCCUGUACACAUCUGUACCUACUUCAGGUACCUGCGCUUCUUCCGCGAUGGUACUUGCAUUUCGCUUCUGACCACCGCAGAGCCAGCCGAAGUGGUGCAACACCUGACCAAGGAGGCCCUCCAACUACACCGUCAAGGUGCUUCAGGCCACCUUCCUUCUGUCGUAAUGCAAAACGCCCUCAAGGGCCGGUGGCGGCUCGGGUCAGCCGUCUCGGAGCUCUACGACGACGCAAGCAAGGACGAGGGAGAGGAAAAGGAACAAACUCCCCCCGAGACCGAGGAGGACUUGUUCAUCGAGACGGAGGGCAUCGGCAAGUACAUGUACCGUCUCGACCUCGCGCUCAAGACGGCAGGAAAGUUGGCGAGGAACAACAAGCUGGCCUGGAAAGGCCACUAUAGCUACAACCGGUUGACUGACGACCUGGCCGAGUUCCCGCUCAAGAAUGACCGGCCCUUUAUCUUUAGUAGGGUGAAGAGAUUUGCUUAGACUAGAUGAUUUAAUUUCUCUUCCUGCAAUAAGUUGCAACAAAUCUUAUAUACUUGGUUUAGACCCCAGUUUUGUGCGUAUCAUCCAAUUCAUGUUUACUC